AUGCUGGAGGCAGGGGAGGCAGAGAGCUACCGCGACAGGGCUGCCGGCGAGAAGCGUGGUCGAAAGAGACCAACCGUCUCCUUUUCUGGAAUCACGCCACAUGGGGCUGGGAGAGGCAGCAAUGUCUUCCGCUUCAUCUUCAACCUCGUCAUCUACACAAUGGCCUUCGUGGGGGUUGUGCUCGCCAUGAACCAAGUCAUCACGCAGUCAAGGCCGUCCAGCCGUGCCACUGUCCGCCCUCUGGUCGAGAAGACCACCCCAAAGACAAACGGCCUGGCACUGUUGGAGAAUGUCGGGGCAGGAAACUCGACGGGCCGCCACCACAAGUACUGCUACUGCGGCUACACCAUGGAUGAAAUGCGCGAGAACAACUGCACGUUCGACACUUUGGCCAUGGCCUGGCUUCCACCGUACUGCCGCGACGAGGAAUUGACGGCCGAGUUUGACCGAUCUGGGCCUGGGCCUAAUGGCAGCUGGACAUACUGGCUGGACUACAACCACACCAUCCCCAUCACCAUCGAGCAAGUAGGUCUCAUGGGCUUCCAAGUCGAUCACGGCAAUGUGUACAUGGCGUGGGAGUGGCACGUCACGCACUGCCUCUUCUACUGGAAGAAGAUCCAUCGCCAACGAUACACGGGAGUGAUGAUCGAGCCCCGGUACGACAAGGAGAGCCACGUGAUGCAUUGCUUGCACGCGGUCCUGCAUCCUCGGUGGACGACGUACUCUGGCGUGGUGUUGAAUUCGUGA